UGUUCUUGUCAACUGUGUUUUUAUGGCUUUAAACACUCCUCCAACUGAUGGAAACACUACUGAAAUUAUUUUCACAAGCAUUUAUACGGUGGAGUUCAUAGUCAAAGUGGUAGCACGAGGAUUUGUUUGUAAUGAAUUCACUUAUCUGCGAGAUCCUUGGAAUGUGUUGGACUUCUUUGUUUUAAUUAUGACAUAUCAAGAAUUUGGCAGCAUUUCAGCUCUCCGAAUUUUCAGGAUACUGAGAACUUUAAAGGCAGUUUCUGUAAUUCCAGGCUUGAAAGUCAUUAUAUCUUCCCUUCUUCAGUCAGUGAAAAAACUUGCAAAUGUGAUGUUGCUGACAGUUUUCUUCUUGGCUGUGUUUGCACUGGUUGGUCUUCAGCUCUUCAUGGGUAACUUAAAAUAUAAUUGUGUUUCCUGUUUGGUUCUUUCUGAAAACCUCAUCAAGAACAAAAAUGAUUGUUUAUUAAAGGAUACAGGUAAUGUAUAAGUUUCUAUCUUUUGGUAAGCUCUGUGUCAUACCUGUUUUAAAUCAUUUAUUGUAUUAAUAACUAUAUUAACGCCAUUUAUUUGUGAACCAUUUGCAACAAAAAGU